GAUAAGGUACCUUGCAACGGUGCAAUCCAUUACCACGGGCUGGAUUAAUAAACUCCGCUGCCUCCCACACCCCCUACGAAAGACCUUCAAAGCUGAGCAGUCGCAUGUCAGCUUUCUAACACCACAAACGUGCUGUCAAAAUGUCACAUGAUAAAACCUUCGACGUUAUUAUCAUUGGGGGAGGACACGCUGGGCUUUCAGCAGCGCUUACGCUCUAUAGACAGCUUCACACCAUCUUAAUCCUUGAUAAUCAGAAGCCGAGAAAUUCAUGGGCUCUGCCAACGCAUACAGUGAUCGGAUGGGAGGGCCGUCAGGCUGAAGAGCUACGCGUCACAACACGGAACGAACUAGCUGCGACGGACCUUGUGACAUUCGCGGAUGGCGAGGCACAGUCAAUACAGAAGGUUCAAGAAGCAUUUGAGGUUACAGACGAGCAGGGACGGCAUUGGAAGUGCCGAAAGCUAUUACUUGCAGCCGGCAAGCAGAACAUCUUCCCAGACAUCCCAGGCUUUGAGGAGAACUAUCCUGCGCGAAUUUUCCACUGCAUGUUCACUUUUGGCUACGAAAAUCGCGGGUCUAAGCACGCUGGUCUCCUCGCCGAUGGAGCCUUGAGCAGCCCGUUCCAUGCCGCUAUGGUGGUUGGCGAUACCAGGAAGUUCGCAGAGCGAGUCACUGUAUUUACUAACGGAGACAGUGCCUUGAAGGAGAAGAUGGCAAUCGAGAUUAAGAACUCGGGUGUAACAUUCGACGAUAGACGUCUGCUUAGCAUCCAACGCUCAGACUCUGGUCUAGUACUAGAGCUAGAUGGCGGAUCUUCCCAGGAAGUGGAGUUCCUUGUUCAUCAACCGUCAACAAAGGUCAAUAUACCACUGGUCGAGCAACUAGGCCUAGAACUGGACGAAAGAGGCGACAUAAAAAAUGUUCCCCCCUUCUUCCAAACCAGUGUUCCGGGCGUUUUUGUGGCGGGAGAUUGUGGGUCACCGUUCAAGAUCAUACCUAUGGCGAUGUUCAUGGGAGCGAAUGCUGGUGCUGGUAUUGCGCGGUCGCUCGCUGCAGAUAACCUUAAAAACGAGCUUGCCUCAACUGUCAACGGAACGAGCCACGGGACAAACAGAAUAACUGUCAAUUAGAUCGUGAAUAGAUCGGAAAGUAGGACCGCCAUACAAAUCGGCCCGUUCUUAUUCGAGGUUGGAGGAUGGCCUAGUGAAUCAAAGUCUCUCAUACACUAUUUUAACAACUACACCGUUUGCCGAACGAGGCUCAUAGAACAAGAAUAAUUA